AUGGGGGGAGUUGGGCACUAUAAAGAUAUCAGCGAGGACAGCCUGUCCCUCUUCUACUUGCUGGAACCCAAGAUAGAGAUCCUUGUCCUAGGCACAGGGGACCGUGUGGAGAGGCUUGACCCCCGCAUCCUGGGGUUCAUGAAGAAGAGGAUCGCAGUGGAGGUGCAGGACACGGCCAAUGCCUGCGCCACCUUCAACUUCCUGACCAGCGAGCGACGAAUCACAGCGGCCAGGCUGAUCCCGCCCCCCCAGCGCAGGACAGUGAGUAGAGCGGGACUACCACACAGGAAGUGA